GCAUGUGGGGGAGUGCGCUCUGUGGUGGGAUGAAAGUGUGAGAUUAGCUAAUAUUUUUGCAGAAAAUGUUUUCGCCCCCGAGUAUUUUUGGGAGUGGGAGACAAUAUCAAGCAAAUGGAACAAUAUCGGAGAAUGACCUAUUUUCAACGCCACUAAAUCUACCUUAUUGUGACACACUGGACACAUAAAGGUGCUUUCGGUGGCUUUUGAAGAUGCCAACUGGCACAGAGCUUUAGGCUGCUUGACAUAUUGUGUUAUUUUGAUAAUAAACAGAUAUGCUUUAGCCUCCUUAGGCCUACAUUCUAUAAUAAUGGAACAUUUGCAGAUUGUGUAGCCUCAUUUAUAAAAAAAAAAACUACAACAGCAUUUUCGCCAGGACACAAUUCUCACAAGCGGCUUUCAGAGACACAUGCGAGCUGUUCGUUCUGCUGCCUCUGUCGAGGAUCUGCCCUUCCGUCAUUUCAAACAGGGACGGCAUCCUGACCCUUCGUUGUGUGAAACGAUACUCGGGCGAUUCCUGCUGUCCGAACAAUCUGCGGCACGGCGCUGAGUGGGUCACUAUCUGCAGGGAGAGGGAGGAGGACGAGCACGUUGCCCGCUUUCCCCGCAUACUGUACAGCCAUGGAGCCGUUACCUGAGCAGAACUGCACCAUGUCGAAAAAGAGCGUCAUAGCUCAAAUCUUCAAAGUUCGCAAGAGGAGACAGAUGCUUUUCGUUCAAGUCUGUUUUAUCUGCAGUAUUUUAUCUUUGACGUGGUGCAUGUCCGCCCUGCUCACAAAAACAGGACAUGGUCUGGUCCUGGAGCAGGGGCUGGUUGACACAACAAACCGUCUGGGACGCAGGCUGAUGGCCGUGGACGGAGACAAUGACACACUGGAUAAGAACUGCACAGAGCCAGCCAUCAAUGAGUUCCCUGAGGAUGUCUUCACCACCUACCAGCGCACCAGAGGAGCUGUCCUGCUGCACAUAUUUGCGGCCCUCUACAUGUUUCUGGCCUUGGCCAUCGUCUGUGAUGACUAUUUUGUGACGUCAUUGGAGAAGAUCUGUGAGAAACUGGACCUAAGUGAAGAUGUGGCAGGAGCUACUUUCAUGGCUGCUGGCAGCUCAGCACCAGAGCUGUUCGCCUCAAUUAUAGGUGUCUUCAUCACUCAUGGAGACGUGGGUGUUGGAACCAUAGUGGGCUCAGCGGUGUUCAACAUUCUAUGCAUCAUCGGUGUGUGCGGAAUCUUCGCUGGACAGGUAGUAUACCUGACUAAGUUUGCAGUGUUCCGUGACUCGCUCUACUACACCCUGUCUGUGUUGGCAUUGAUUGCAGUCAUUUACGAUGAGAAGAUAGUGUGGUGGGAGAGCUUAGUGCUAGUACUGAUGUACUUUGGGUACAUUCUGAUCAUGAAAUUUAACACCAGCAUCCAGAACUAUUUCACAGGGAAGGAAGACAAGAGCUUGGCCAAUGGUAACACAGUGAUCAGCAGCGAGCUGGAGGAUGGUAAUGCUUGUUAUGACAGUUACAUGUGGGAUGAUCCAUCCAAGCCGUUACUCUCUCCAGUGAAGCCCACUAAGAUGUACAGUCGUGGCUCUGUGGUGAUGGUGGAUGAGAUGAUCAACUCCAGCCCUCCUAACUACAGUUUCCCAGACGCCGGCCUGCGCAUCAUGAUCACCAACCAUUUUGGCCCCAAGACACGCCUCCGCAUGGCCAGCCGCCUCAUCAUCAAUGAGCAACAGAGGCUGGUGCAGGCGUCUAACGGUGUGGACAACGAAACCAUGGUGAUCACUGAUGGUAAACCUGAGACCUUAGAGAACGGCACCGUACCAGAGGACAAGACUGCAGAGGAAGAGGAGGGAGAAGCCCUGAACUCACCCUUCACCAUCCCUGGGGGCUGCAUGGAGAAGGUGAAGUGGCUGAUCUCCUGGCCCAUCCUGUUGCUGCUCUACUUCACUGUGCCAAACUGUGCCAAGCCUCGCUGGGAACGCUUCUUCAUGCUCUCCUUCUUCCUCUCCACCGUGUGGAUUGCCGUCUUCUCCUACUUCAUGGUCUGGAUGGUCACCAUAAUUGGCUACACUCUGGGCAUCCCUGAUGUGAUUAUGGGCAUCACCUUCCUGGCAGCUGGCACCAGUGUCCCCGACUGUAUCGCCAGCCUUAUUGUUGCUCGUCAAGGUCUUGGGGAUAUGGCGGUUUCCAACACCAUUGGUAGUAAUGUCUUUGAUAUCUUGGUGGGACUGGGGCUCCCCUGGGCGAUACAGACCAUGGCUGUGGACUAUGGCUCUGAGGUGAUGAUCAACAGCAGAGGGCUGCUCUACUCUGUGGUGCUGCUUCUUGGCUCUGUGUUUCUGACAGUUCUGGGGAUCCAUGUGAAUCAUUGGAAGUUGGACCUGAAGCUGGGUGUGUACGUGCUGGUGAUGUACGUCAUCUUCCUGUGUUUCUCCAUCAUGAUCGAGUACAACGUCUUCACCUUCGUCAAUCUGCCCAUGUGUCUGGAGCAGCUGUAGGACGGCCACGGGACCAGAACGGGAGUCCCUGCUGAGUUAUAGACUCAAACAGCCCUCUGGAUCUAAACUUAAUCGCUAACUAACACAAUCAUUUCUAUAAUUGUACAUUUCCACAUACACUUAUUUUACACACUCCUUCCCCAUUCCAGACGUAUUUGUCUGCCCUUACUAUACCCCUUUUACGUUCCUUCACUAUCUAUCCAUAAUGUACAGUUCCCUAGAUCUUUACAUUCAUCCACAAUAUCCUCUGUCCCCCAAACAACUCUACCUACACAUGCUUUUGUGCUGUCAAUUAGAGGAGGAGAUACGAACAGAACCGUAUGGAUUCUCCUUACUAACUCAGAGGAACAGAUGGCUAUUCUGUCUUUCCCUGCAGAGCGCAUAUCACCAUCAGAAGGAAAGAAACACAGCUCACCUCUAAACAGAACCCACCUGCUUGAAACCCUCCUCGUCUCUACAAUAUAACCAUGGACCACCAUGACACCACCUUCCUCGUCUGUUUGUAUCUCAUCCGGUCUGGGAGGACCCAAGCAGCCCUCUCUGUAUAUUUAUGAAUUCUUCAUUUAUUGCCAUUUUGAUUUAUUCUAUUAUCGUCUUUCUUUGGAAGGAAAACAAACAAUACAUUUCAUGAACAUAUUGCACUUUAGAUGUUUCGUGUGAAAAUAAUUAGAGUAUAUAUAUAUGGCAUAUAAUAUAUUAUAUUUUUUACGGUUCAACGUUCUAGUUCCUCCUUUGUGUGGUGCAGUAAGGAGAGAAAGGGAGAAGGCAGCAUCCUCUUUCUCUCUGGCAGGGAGUGGAGAGUCCAGGGGAGAACCUGUGCUUCUUCUGUUUCUGGACACUCUCCAACUGCAAGAAACUGCUGACCAAGACAAGACUGACACGCCAUGUUCCGUAUUUGAGUGUGAGUGGAAGUAGGUGAGAGAUUGCAAGAAUGGGAGGGGGAGUGUCUAUUAGUAUUCAGCUCCACUGUGGAGAGGAGAAAACCUCUUGGGAGACUGUGUCCCCCUUGGUGCUUGGUGGAUGAGGAUUUUACAGAUGGCUUGAGUGUACGGGGAACAGGACUUGGGCCCUUUGGCUGAGGAAAAGCAUGGAUUUAUUUUGGCAUACUGUUGGAGGAUCCAGAGCCAGGCUCGUACGCCUGAGUCGUGUUGAUUUGUUUAAAAAGAAAAAAAAUGCAUUGUGUAUUUGAUAUCUUCAGCUCCUAACAAGGCCAAGUCUUGUACUCUGUUCAGUUCCCUCUCCUCCCUGUGCACCAGUCUGUCUGUCUCAGAGGGCUGAAGAGCUGCUGCUGCCCCCCAGUGGUCUAAACAGAGUGGAUCCCUAUGCCACUGGCUGGUUGCUAUGGGAGUGAGUAUUAUUGUGACACAAACCAGGAAGGAUACGACCAUGACCGGGACCAUGGAUGGGGAUCUGUGCUGCACAAUGGCAAACGUAUUUAUGUUGUGUGUGUGUGUGUUUAUGUAAAUAUGACCCGACAUGCACAAGCUGAGGGCCUCUCGUUGUGAUCCCAGUGCUUCUUUUCUUCUGCCAGUCGGGCAAAGUGGGAUGCAGUUCCUGCGUAGAUAUUUUAAACUGCUUCCUUCUCUCCCCCUUACCCUGCCCCAAAUCAUCCUUCUCCUCCUUCGCCUCCUCCUGGCUCUCUCUUUCUCUGUGAUUAUGUCUUCUCUAAAUGCAUGAUGGGAUGCGAGGCAGUGUUUAUUUAUUGCUCCCCAGAGCAGAAGCUUAGUGGGAUGGGAUUGGAUCAUCACCCUGUUCGUCCACCCGUCGACCUCCAAAUAUUGGCAGCUACGAGUCGAGUCGCCCUCUGCCCAUUUUUGACUGACUUCUUGACCUCGUUAUGGGUCGUGUUCAUCAGGGCACACAAAGGAAAACAUUUUGAAACUUAAGUAGUUGCUCCCUGUUUCAGUCCGUUUUCUUCUGUUUGGUGCCUAACGAACACGACCCAGUUCAGAGGUUGCUGUGGGAACAGAGGGUGGAGUCUGUAUCGGUGUCAGUCAGUCGUGAGUGUGUAGGGUGUUGGUGGUGUAUCGGUGUUGAAAAGUGUUGUCACUGUUUUCUGUGUUGAAAAGCAGACAUUGGAUGCAGUGUGUGGUAUAUAUAAUAUAAACACAUAUAUGCAAUCUCAAUAAAAAGAGGACCAGGCAAGGAUGAUACAGCAUAUUAUGCAUUAAAAAAUGUUUUAUUGAAGAUGCUGAAGGCAUUCAUACGAUACAAGUACAAGCAAACACUUAUGCACACACAAACACACAUGCACUUGUCAAAUGUUUACUCCAUACUCACACAUGCUUACGCACGCACGCACGCACACACACACACACACACACACUCUCUGUGGUAGUUUCUGGUGCAAUAACAAAUGAACUCAACCCUGUUGUGUUAUGUAAUAUAUAAUGAAAUAUGCUAUUUAGCAGAUGCUUUUAUUAUAAAGCGACUUAGUCAUGCAUGUAUACACUUUACAUAUGGGUGGUCCCGGGAAUCGGACCCACUAUCCUGGCGUUGCAAACGCCAUGCCGGGGUGGGAGCUCUACACCUGUAUUUGUCUUGUGCAACUCUUCUGAACUCCAAGGACAUUUUGAAAAGUAGUCAUGGAGAAAGUGGCCAUAUCAUUCACUUUUAAAUCUCACUUCAUUUAUUCCAUUCCUAAAACGUUAUUCUAUUCAUGUCAUGGCAAUAUCAUUUUUGUUUGCCAUGGGUUUUAGUUGUUGUUAUUACAUAUUAACUAAGGGAUGUGUAUUGUGUCAUUUUAUUAACAAUACAUUUUGAAAUGAACGGAAUAGUCGAUAUCUUUUAAGUUUCAAAACGUAUUGUCACUAGGUGGGGAUGAGGCUCUCCUGUAGGGUCAGAUCCAUGUUGUUAGCAAGCACUGCACUGCACUAUACUGAUGUUGAUUAUAGCUCUGUAUGCAUACAGCGUCAUAUCUCACUAGAUACCCACUGCUGUUGUUUACCUUUGUCGAAGAGGACUUGAGUGGGAGAGACCACAAACUUGACUGCACUGCAGAGCAUGAACACAACACACACAUACGUUCACUUGUUCAUCGCACUCUCACACACACACACACACUCUUUGUUUCUGUUGUUACAUACGCAAUUAUGUACAACCUCUUGAGUAAAUGUGACCUGGUUCACUGUGAGCGAAGGGUCAUAAGGUCAUUCAUCCAAAUUGAUAAAGACCUUUUGGUAUGGAGUUAUUAAGAAAACAACUUAAAUUUAAGACAUUGGUGUGUAACUUGAAUGUAUUUGUCUUGCUAUAAGUGGAUGUAUCCAACCAAUGCAUUUUACUGUAAAGCAAUAAUCAUCAAAAUAUUUUAAAAUAAUUCUGUAUAUUGUUAUAUGAAUCAUGAUUAUCUAAAGAAUCAUAUGGUGGACACAUUAAAUAAUACUGUUCAUAAAUGCCUAUGGUUCUCUCUAAAUGUAUUUCUUUGAUCCCGUAAUGCACACUUAUUGUAUGGUUGAUGGCUUGAAUGGUAUUGUAUUGUUAUGGAAUUGACUCCACUGUGAGGUCAAAGAUGGUUUAGAAAAUCUGUGGUGAGAUUUCUGAUCCAGUAUUGUCUUUAUUCUCACAAAAAGAAAACCCAAAUAUAAAACAUCCAAGGUAAGUGACAAUGAUUCAUAACGCAGAUUAGAUGACUGAUGGGGCACUGUUUUGAAGCCACUGCGCCUCCAUCUUUGC